AGGCGAGCAACAGGUCCGACCAGGAGGGAUAAACAAGCAGUGGCUCUCACCUGUGGCGCGCCAAGGAAAAAAAAUCCUGAAGUCCUGCGUGGGUCAGCCGCGGCGAGGCGAAGGUGUCAGGACCCCAACAGGCUGGACAUCUGGAAAUUCAGCUGAGAAUGAGCAGGGAGGCUGCUGAUAUCCAUUUUGUCUGUGAAGCUCUCGACAAGCCGCAUGAGGAGAACGAGGAGGAGAAGGAGGUGACAGAAGAUGAGGAGCCCAAAGCCUGCGGCGUGUGCGGCGAUCUGGCGAAGGGUUACCACUUCAACGCUCUUACAUGUGAAGGCUGUAAAGGCUUCUUUAGACGUGCCAUAAACAGGUCAAUGCAGCUCCGAUGUCCGUUCCUGAAUAAAUGCAUCAUCACCAAAAACAACCGCCGCUCGUGUCAGGCCUGCCGUUUCAGAAAAUGCCAGGCCAUCGGGAUGCGGAAAGACAUGGUCAUGUCGGAGGAAGCGGUCUUGGAGCGAAGAAUCAGAAUAAAGAAGAAAAAGAUGUGCAACACGACCGCAGAGCUUUCGACCCAACAGGAACGGGUGGUUGAGGAGCUGCUCUGUGGCCUCCGCAGCACGUUUGACUCAACGUUUUCACGCUUCACCGGCUUUAGGCCCAUGGACAGAGAUGUGUUGACGGAGAACCAGCAGUCCAGACCCCAGACCAGCAGCCUGAUGAAGAGCUGGUGUACAACUGAAGUACAUGGAGAUGAUCCUUCAAAGUCCCCUUACCCUUGCUCCUUUUCCUCCGCCUCCUCCCCGUCUCUCUCUUCCUCUUCCACCCGCUCUUUCCUCCCCGGUUCCACUGAAAAAGGUGAGGACAACGUUGGAGACAAGAACAGCAGCGUUUACACUAACCUCCCGCAUCUGGCUGACCUCACGACCUACAUGAUCCAGGACAUCAUCCGCUUUUCCAAAAGCCUCCAGGACUUCCGGUCACUAAGCAUCGAGGACCAGAUAUCUCUACUGAAGGGAGCCACGUUUGAAAUAAUGCAGAUUCGCUUCAACAUGGUGUUCAACACUACGACGAGCAACUGGGAAUGUGGCUGUAUUACAUACUGCAUACACGACGCAAUGCGAGGGGGUUUCCAGCCGCUCCUGCUUGAGCCCCUCUUCAAAUUUCACCACAAUCUGCGCAAACUGGACCUGCAGGAGGAGGAGUACGCCCUCAUCCAGGCCAUAUCACUGUUUUCUCCAGAUCGUCCUGGAGUGCAGCAUCACGCCGCCAUCGAUAGAGUUCAAGAAAACUUGGCAGAAACUCUGAAAGCCUGGAUCGACUGCAAGAAAAAAGGCCCAAAAAAACACCUGCUGUAUCCCAAAAUGAUAGCCUGCCUCACGGAGAUGAGGACGAUGACGGAGGAGUACAGCAAGCAGAUUCUGCAGAUCCAAGACGUGCAGCCUGACACCAUCUCUCCGCUCAUCAUGGAGGUGGUCAGUAAAAACCCCUGCAACAACAUCUGAGGCCCAAAACUGGCCACUUCCAGCAUUCAGCUGUUAUUUAGCUGUUGGGGGUGGGGCGGGAACUGAACGUGCCCUUUAAUUCGCUGCUAUGUAAGGCACACAGGAAACUUGAUGAAGCCAUCUGCUUUUUGCACAAUUUCAAAGCUUUUGCUGGGCAGAAGCGAGCUUUACAGACUCACUGAUUUGUUGGUUUCAGGUGCUUUUGUUGUGGCAUUUUGAGACAAUAUGAGUAUUGAUGUUUACGAUGAUUUUCACUGCACUCAGAACGGAGACUGCUCAGGAAGCCAAGGGAAACCUUCUUCUGAAAACAUUUAAACCGUCUAGCUUGUUACCUCAGGUUGUGUUCAGUUUUGUGUUUGUUGUGCUAUGUAAAACAGAAGUUUAACACUUAUUGUAAAUAGAACUGAAUAGUAAAGGUGCUUUUUGAAAUCUUUUAUUAUGUAGCCUGAUUAAGAUGCGUUAAUUUAUAUUAAGGCUCAGAAACCCCUCAAAAAUCAGGCUGUCUGGUAAUAUAAAAUCAAUCUGAAGGAUUUCUUUCAGAUGGAAAAAAUAACACAAUAAGAUUGCUGUGCUUUUUUUUCCAGGACAUUGAUUUGUUUAA